GUGCAGCUGACGGUGGGGCGUCUAGCAGCCUGCAGUCCUCAGAAACAUGAAUGAACAAAUAAAACAUCGGUGAAUCAUGAGUGGGAUUAUUCCUGGGAUUUUCGAUGACAUGGAUCGACCGAUUGUGCAGGCUGUAUGGGACAAGGACUCGAUGGCCUCUGCCUCGGUGGGAAUGGCUGAUUUGUCCGAUGAGAUCCUGCUGUGCAUCCUCCGCCACGUUCCAGUGUGUGACUUGCUGAUGAACGUGUCACAGGUCUGCCACAAGUUACAGAUGCUGUGCUACGACAAGGCGUUGCUCUCACAUGUCAGCUUCUCCGAGGAGUACACGGUUGAUGAUCUAUUAAUGCGACAUCUAGUGAACGAGCUAGCCAAUCACGUGCAGUCUCUCAGCCUAAAUGGCGUCUACUGGCUCAACGGCUCGACCGUGGAGAAACUUUAUCGCUGCAGGGCAGUGACGCACCUCGAUGUCACUGGCUGUCGCCUCUCCUCCGUUCGCCUCUCCCGUCUCCUCUCCUCCCUCACUCUACUCAGAUCGCUGGCCAUUGAUGUGACGUCAAGCUUCAACUCCGGUCAGCUCAGUUCAGAGGCUGUGGAUACGCUGAGCCGCCUGUCAGAGCUCAGGCAGACACUGAUGACGCCCAGUUACGGUGUCGUGCCGUGCUGCGCCCAACUUCGCAAGCUGAUGCUGCAGUUUGACAUCUCAGACGUAACCAGAGACGGUGUCGGUGUUUGCUGUCAGUUAAUGAUGGGUCAGAGCAGCGUGCCGCAUUACAAACAGCUGGAGGAGUUCAGCGCCAGACUGGCCCCAGGAGAGGUAAACCAGACUUUGCUUCUGCUCUACCUAGCUGUGUUCAGCGUUCAUGUUCCAGAGCGUCUCAGAGUUUUCCUUGUGUCGAUUCCCGGCCCAAACCCGGCCCACUGGCCCGCCGCCCCCUCGUUGGCCCGGAGCUUGGGUCAACGUGGUGACCUGGAGGCCCUGCAGCUUCCACGGUCCUGGCUGGAUUCUUUGUCACUAAAGCGAGCCUUGGAGGGCAACAGCCCCAAACACCUCAGCUUCAGCCGCUGCCCGGCGUUCUGGCCACAGGUGUUCGAGUCGCUGCUGGAGGGAGGAGUCAAAGAUGCUACACAACUCACCAGCCUUAACCUCAGCGGGAUCAACCACGUUCUUUACUCAGAGUGCAGGAGUGUGGACGAUCAGCUGGUGGCUGCGACUAUGAGCCGGUUGGCAACUACCUGUUGCAAACUUAAACAUCUGAAUCUGAUGCACACGCACUAUCACCACGACAACACAUCUGGGCUAGGUGGGGAUAAUCAUCUGUGUGCUGCCUUGGCCAAACUGAGACACCUGCGCUCUCUCACUCUGCCUGCGUGCGCCCUGUCGGAUGGAGUAAACACACAUCAGUGCUCUACAAAGAACUGCUCCCCCUCCUCCUCUUUGUUGUUCCUGGGGUUAAAGAAGACUCCUCGCGUCGGGCUCCAGAACUACAAGCCUGAUUCAGAGCCUUCGUUGUCAGGGGACAGCACCUCGGGGCUCGCCCACCUCUUAGCCGGCUGCCCUUUCUUAGAGACCUUAGAGCUCAUCGGUCCGGGUUUUGUCUCUGCGCUGCCUCGGCUCGAGCCUUGUGCACGUGCAAGCGUGGAACCUCGUGGCAUGUGUGCGUGGGCUCGAGGAAUUGGAGACACACACUUAGCCGCGCUGGAAGGGUUCUCUCGAUUGCAUCGUCUGACUCUGGCCGGGCUUCCUGGGAUGCUUAGGGGGACAGGGCUGGUACAGUUGGCCAGGCAUUGCAAAGACCUACAGGUAUUAUCCCUUGCCAACUUGGGAUGCCUAAAAACCAUGAACUACACCCCCGCCUUGCUGGACGCACUUAGACAGUGCACACAGCUGAGGGAACUCAGGUUAGAGCAGCCGCACCUGAACGCCACCGCGUCUUUCUUCGAGGCUCUGUCCUGCUGCUCUCGCCUGGAACGUUUCUGCCUUAUCUCGCGUAGCGGCACCUUCGACCCGUCGGCUGUAGAAACCUUCAUGGAGCGUUGCCGCAAUGUCACGGUGUGCCACAUGUUUAUGGGCGGAACCUUGGUGGCUUGUCGGACCCUGCAGAAAACUCUUCAGGAGAAAUUCACAUUUGACCGCUCGGCCCUGAACGUGGUCAUCUAUCCGUUACAGCAUGAAGACCUGCCUUCAGUCAUCAGAGAUAUCCCUCUAACGCUGCUCGAUCGGAUGACUUUGUUCCAGAGCCACGUGGCCCAACCACCACAUUUAUCACCAUGGUGACGCUACAGGAAAGCUCCGGUGUGAUUGGUGCUCGACGGCUGAGGUGCUGAGUGUUUUUAUCAGCAGGAAAUAAAAUUAACAAAUGAAAGACUUGAAAGAUUAAUUUGAUUUUCAUCCGCUCAGUGAUUUCCAAUUUUGUGAUCGGUUGUAUUAAAAACUGUUUCAGGCUCUACAACCAUACAUGAAAAGUGUUUGCUUACUUUUACGUGAUAAAGUGAUGUCAGUCUUCAAAGGGAAAAUUUACUUCGGCUCACCUCAACAGGUCAAA